GGGAGACUCUGUCUGAAAAAAACAAACAAAAAAAAAGAGUUAGACUUACCAUAUUUACCAUGUUUCGCCCACUUUCCAACUAAUAUUUUACAUACCCCACCCAAGUUUUUCUCUCCUUAUCCUUACUCUACUUUUUGGCCACACCUGCCACUUCUGACCUCAUAAUCCCUCAACUGCAGCCUCAGGCCCCACCCCUGGGGAUGCUGGUUAUCCACAACUACCAACAGCUCUCUCCUGGCUGCCCAGCCUGGGCAUCCUCAGCCUAUGAAAUCCAUCUGCCUCUCCAGUCCACCAAUCCUAUAGGCCUAUUUGCCCCACACAAGGCCUCUAGAACACCAUCCUUCUGCAUGACUCAUCAGUGAGGCGAUCUUGAGGGCAUGUUCAUCUACAUCAAACAUGGAGAUAAUCAGCAGUUUCUGGUCAAUACCAACUGCUCUGUCACCGUGAUGCUGUACUACAUCCGCAAAAAACUACAGUUGCCUAAAACAAGCUCCAUCGAUUUGUGUGAUGAAGCAGGGACGAUGAAGAUGCUUUUCCAGAUGAAGCCCAACCAUACAGACUAUGGCAGCAAAUACCUUACAGCUCGAAGCACCUACUAUGUUUGUAAGGUGGAGCGUGGGCCACCAGGAACCAGGAUGGAGGCUGCUUACAAAGGUUUUGUGCCUCUCCUCAAGAAUCCGGAGCCUCUGCUGCUUGUUGCACUGCGCGCACAAUGUGACGCCCUGGAGAGGAGCCGACUUGAGAGGCUUAGACUGCUAGAAGCCAAGAAGGUCGUUACAAUUGAACCCUCUGCAAUUGUCCCGUCCAAGCUAUCAGGACGAGAUGAAAAGAAGUCCACUCGCAAGUCUCUGGCUUCUAAGAGCAAAGUAGAUUUCAGGAAGGAUAAACGUCGUCCACCCACUAAACUCACCAAGCAAAAGAAGUAAUACAAGGUGUAAAAUUA